UAACCUUUGACCUUUGUUGUUGAAUUUUAAAUAUUAAUAAGAAGACAAAUUUCUUAAUGUCAAAUAUCGCAAAAAAUUUCAUUGGCAUACCAAGGAAUUUCUUUGUUCAUAAGCCGCAUUAACCUUUUCUUUUUUUUUUUGGAUAUUUUCGCAAAGAUAAAAUAUUGUAACACACGUUAUGUGGAACAAUAAACCCUGUUAAACAUUCUGAUAAAUAGUUACAUAAAAUACAUAAAUACCAAUUAAAUCAUCAUUCUAUAAAUAGAUGAAACCGUCCUUUAUCCUUAAUAGAGUAUUCAAUUUAAUAAAGUUUUAUGCGAUUGUUCCGUCUAAGAAUUAAAAUCACAUUUCAAAAAUAAACGAUCAACAAUAAAAAAAAUUCCGAAAUUUGACCAAAUAGAAUCGGAACAAGAGAGACAUGAAAAGAUAUUGAGCUAUUUAUCAUCGAAUGAUUUCGAUUCUAUUGAUAGAUUACAUAUGUAUCAUUUUCUUAAAAGAUAUAUAUUUCAAAACAAUUUUUCUUCCCCAAUUGAGGAUAAGUUAAUUAAAGGAGGGUGUAAAGUUUUGGAUGCCAGGAGCGGCACUGGUACAUGGUUAUUAGAUUUAUCAAACAAAUAUGAAAAUUCUUAUUUUUUUGGAGUCGAAAAUAUACCAUUAUAUCCACAAGAGAUAAAACCAAAUAAUCUUGAAUUCAUCGACGCCAAUGUAACUAAAGGAUUAUCAUUUCAUGAUAACGAAUUUGAUUUUACACAUUUAGAAAAUAUGGGUCUUGUUUUAACACCAGACCAAUGGGAUUUUGUUCUUUCUGAGCUCAUCAGAGUAACGAAACCAGGAGGAUACAUUGAAGUAUCUGAUAGACGGAAUAGUAAUAAUGGCGAAGGUCCGAUUCUUCGUAAAGUAUCAGAAGCAUUUUGGGCAACUCGUUCGAAACAAAAUGUUGAUUUUAAAUUGAUAUAUAAUCUAGAUUCAAAAUUUGAAUUACAACCAAAUAUAGGGAAAGUUCAUCGAAUUGAAAAAGAUCUCAUUAUGGGUCCCAAUGGUGGUAAAGCUGGUUUGGUUAUGCAAGAUAUUAGUAUAUCUUUUUAUGCAUCAGAAUUGGCAGUUAAAAGCCUAAGUAAAGAAAUAGGAAUUUCCGAAGAAGAAUACAAAAAUAUGGCAGAAAAAGAUCUAAUUGAGGAAUACAAACAAACCAGUCCUGUGAUUACUCAUGUUCGAUUUUGGGCCCAAAAACAAUUAUCGCAAUAAUAAUGGUUAUUUUUUUUCUUAUGAAUAAAAAAAAGAUACGAAAGAAAAUUUUUUUUCAGAAAUCUAGUGUAG